AUGUUCCUGAAGAUUGCACCAGUUCGUGGUGUUUUGCGAUUUGGUAGAAAGGGGAAGCUUAGUCCACGUUUUAUUGGACCUUUUGAGAACCUCGAAAGAGUUGGCCCAGUAGCCUAUAGAUUGACAUUACCACCAGCGUUGGAUGCUGUACAUAAUGUUUUUCAUGUUUUGAUGCUGAGGAGGUAUGUUGUAGACCCUAUGCAUAUUCUUCAUUAUGAAGACUUGGAGUUAAAGAAGGACUUAAGCUACGAAGAACAGCUCAUGAAAAUUUUAGCACGGGAAGUGAGAUCCUUGCGUAGCAGAGAUAUUCCCUUUGUUAAAGUUUUAUGGAAGAAUCAGCAAGCUAGUGAAGCUACUUGGGAAAGAGAAGAGGAGUUUAAACGAGAGUAUCCAUACUUGUUUAGGGAGUUGAAAACUUUCGAGGACGAAAGUUCUUAA